GCCUAGUCGUGGACCUGGAUUUGGGAAGGAUCAUGGGGCCGAAGUAGGAGAUCAUGAUGCUGCUGCGAAGGCAGUGACUCGUGAAGGUCAACAGGCAGAACUGCACUAAGGGAUUGCACAAGCGUGUGCUGAGAUGAGAGGCCUCAUGGCGUAUAUAAGACUUGAGACGGAAUGCCUCAUGGAUCAUCAACAACAAUGGCCAACGUGGAUAUCGCCCGGUUUUCAGCGCCCGUCGUGGCAUCCUUUGAACUGCAGUCUUCCCUCGCCCAUUCGCAUCCCUUGAUAGUUUCCCACGCUCUGUCCGUGGCUAAAACCUGUUCCCUACUGUUUGAAAUUUACGACUUGGCCUACAAGUCGCUACACCAUAUUCACACCUCAUCCGCCAUGUCUCGACAUUCCAGCACAAAUUUGAGUCCGUCAAAUUCAAGUCUUCAGGUCAAUGACAGUCAGAGAGCGCCGCCGCAGCCAGACCCGGAACCUGCCGCACCACCGAUCAUUAUUCUUGCCCAAAGUGGUAAUAAACCAGCAGUGCAGCCUAGACCCCAAAUUCAGGUACCGGCCCCUGCUGAACAGGGUCUUCGGGCUCGCCCUCAUACGUCAUCCUGGUCGUACCGACAGACGUCACGCUAUAACCUUAGAAGCCGGUCCAACAAACAACCAUUUUCCCGCCCGCCAAACAAGCCCAGACCCCAACCUGAACCACAUCCUGCUCCUCCAGUCAUCAUCCUCUCUGACGAGCAGCAGCAGCAGCAACAUCAGCAACAACAAAACCAAGCACCUCCUCCACUUAACCCUGUCACACCCAUAUCUCAAGUACCCACAUCUCCUACACCCCGCACAAACACACCAUCACACAGCGCAAUGGGUUCCAAAGUCAGCAAAGUGCGCGAGCGAGCUCAAGACGGCAAAUUGCAGCCUUCUCAAGAACAGCUGGACAAGGAGCAAAUGAAGGAGCCCAGCAACUACUAUACGCGUCGCAGCAAGAGCAUGCGCAGGAAGGCGGGAAAGGGAGGUGAUGCAGGCGGUAGCGCUGCUGGCGCCUCGGGGACGACCUAA